AUGAACGUGACGUUCUCAUUAAACUACCGUACUACAUAUGGGGAAAAUAUGUAUAUACGCCUCAAUGGAAAAGAGUUGAUCAUGGAAUGGUCUGCUGGACAUGUUUGGACAUACACAUCAAAACUUAUUCCAAACGAAGACGUCACCUAUUCUUACUUAAUUAAAGAAAGUAAAGUAGUUAAGGGACGAGAACCCGACUUUUGUUCAAGAAACUUUCAUGUGUCACACCAAUGCUACGUCUGGGACAUAUGGGGCGACCCAUCAUCUUCAUCCCUUUUCGACACAAACUCUGCGUUUAAAGACUUCAUCCAACUUUUUCUGACAACUUCCCCAAAACCAAGUCGGACUUCGCCAAAAAUGUACCUCCCUACUACUCCAGAGAAGUCGAUGUCUCCUAUGGAAACCGAGGAAAUUACAAAGAUUGAGCCCACAAUAAAUGUAUCACCAGAACCACAGAAAGAUGAAGCUGUUGAACACAAAAAGUUGCCAUUACUUUCUUUGAAAUGCAAAGCAGAUAAGCCGAAGCCAAGACAACGUUUUUCGUUAGACACAAGCUCGAAGAAAAACUUGCGACUUUCUAUGAUCCGAGAACAACUCAAUAAGUAUGAAAUACUUGAAAGUGAGCCAAAUGGUCUUUGUUUUAGUGAGUCAGAAAAUCUGUCUUCGAUCCUCGUUUGA